UACAGGAGGGUUGUAGGGGAACACGCAAAGGGUGGGCAGAUGUUCUGUGGCCUUUUCUCCCACAUCCUAGACACACCCAUGAACUGCCCUGGGCGACCAGAAUCCAUGACUAACAACUAACAAUGUGUGUGUGUGUGUGUGUGUGUGUGUGUGUGUGUGUGUGUGUGUGUGUGUGUGUGUGUGUGUGUUAGGGAGGGGGUGUAACUGGCGACCCCGCAGAGCGCUCGAGACGUCCUCUGGUCCAUAUGGAGGAAUUUGCGCUUCACGGAACUCUUCCUUGCGCGUCAGACUGCGCGACUCUCCGGAGGGUUUAGAUAAAAGUAUCUCCCUGUCACAUGAGAGGACGGAGCAGGACCGGGAUCUAAUAUCUAGCGGACCCACAUCCCUGACCUCAGCCCGUGGGCAUGGCUGUGCGGUCAAGGACAGGUUUCUACCGGCAGGAGGUAAACAGAACCGUGUGGGAGGUACCGGAGAGAUACAGGGACCUGAAGCAGGUUGGAACAGGAGCUUAUGGGACUGUGUGUUCAGCAUGGGACCGCAGAUCAAGCUCGCAGGUGGCCAUCAAGAAACUUCACCGGCCCUUCCAGUCCAAGCUUUUUGCCAAACGAGCUUACAGAGAGCUCCGACUCCUCAAACACAUGAAGCAUGAAAAUGUCAUUGGGCUGCUGGAUGUUUUCACUGCUGAAAUCUCACUGGACCGCUUACGUGAUUUCUACCUGGUGAUGCCGUUCAUGGGCACGGACCUGGGCAAGCUGAUGAAGGUGGAGAAAUUAACAGAGGACAGAGUGCAGUUCUUAGUCUACCAGAUGCUCAGAGGACUCAAGUACAUCCACUCUGCAGGAAUCAUCCACAGGGACCUCAAACCAGGAAAUUUAGCCAUCAACCCCGACUGUGAGCUGAAGAUUCUUGAUUUCGGCCUGGCGAGGCAGGCUGACUCAGAAAUGACCGGCUAUGUUGUGACGCGCUGGUACAGGGCGCCCGAGGUUAUCCUCAACUGGAUGCAUUACACACAAACUGUGGAUAUCUGGUCGGCUGGUUGUAUUAUGGCAGAGAUGCUGCUGGGAAAGCCGCUGUUCAAAGGAAAUGAUCACCUCGACCAGCUCAGAGAAAUCAUGAAGAUAACAGGAACCCCGACUGCUGACUUUGUUGUGAAGCUACAGAGCCAAGAUGCCAAAAACUACAUCAGAAGUUUACCAAAAGUGCCAAAGAAAGACUUGCACACUAUUUUCUCCAAAGCUAGCUCAAAUGCAGUGUGUGUCUUGGAAAAGAUGCUGCUUCUUGACCCUGAGCAGAGGGUGAGCGCCUCAGAGGCCCUGGAGCUGCCUAUCUUCAGUGAGUUCAGAGAUACGGACGAAGAGACUGAGGCACAGCCUUAUGACCAGACCAUGGACAACACAGACCUGCCUCUGGACCAGUGGAAACGUCACACUUUCACAGAGAUUCUGACCUUCAGGCCUACAAGGGACUCCAGAGAGACGUCACUUUAACAGCACACACUCACACCUAAACCCUGUACAAAUUAUCCUUCUAUUUUUGAUGACUGUUUUUUUUUUUGUGUAGAAGUAAAUGAUGUUAUUAAUUUUUUUUAAUGUUUUCUAUUCAAUAAAUCUGAUUUUCUCAAUUCUUAA